CCGCUCUCUCUGAGAAGUUUUGCAUCCCUAUAUUUAUCCUUCUUUUAUUUAUCUACUACGCCAACUUACGUGUCCUUCUUGUAAGUUAACAUUGAGAAUUUUAUUUAUUACGAUACGAGGAAAAAAAAAAUCCAUCUCUAGAUGUUUAAAAAUGUAGUCCUAUAAAUAGCAGGGACUCCACUCUCUUUUAUGCACGAGAUAUAAUCGAUCAAAGUAGAGAUCUGAAGCUGUUAUACUAAGCAACGAAACGGUUUAGCAAGUUAGAACCAAGACAUCGCCAUGUCGAAGGUUGUAGUUGCUUCGUUUGUACUUUGCCUCUUGCUUCUCCAUCAACUUGCAUCAGUCGAAGCCGAUGAUCAGAUGGAUCGAACCGCGGAAGCGAAGAGCGACGUUUCUGAACAGAAGAUAGACUGCAAAGCGGCUUGCGCUGCUAGGUGCCGGUUAGCUUCGAGGCAGAAUCUUUGCCAUAGAGCCUGUGGAACCUGCUGCGCCCGGUGCAACUGCGUGCCUCCAGGCACAUCUGGUAACCGCGAUGUUUGUCGUUGCUAUGCCACGAUGACCACUCACGGCGGCCGUCUCAAAUGCCCUUAGGAACUCUUUGUAGUAGACUGCUCUCCUGUAUAUGCAUGUCUUGAUCAGUGUGGUACAUAUAUAUAGUUUUUUUUUUGGUAAAUCAGUGUAGUACAUAUUAUGUAACGAAAUAGAGAGGUGGUGGAUAAUAUAAGAAAAUUCCUUCUUGUAAAAAAUUAUAAUGUAAUUGUGAAAUAGGAAUUCCCUUUUACCGGUAGAAAUCCUCCCAUGUGAAAAGUAAUGAAGUAAACUAAAUAAAGCUAUUUGUACCCCAAAAAAAAGAAAAGAAAUUAGGACUGUUUCCUUUUACUUAAUGGAGUAGUAAGGCUGUGUCUAUGGCAUGUAAGUGCGUAUAAAUGUAUCUGCAUAAGAUGUACAUAUAUGAAUCAAUUUCGGGUUAGUACACGUGAUUUAUUCAAUAUUAUCAAUUUUACAGCGA